GAAACAGGGCCUGCGGAGACCGGCUAGCGCUGUGUGGACGCAGCUCAGGCAGUCUUCCUGCGGUCCGAAUCAGUCAUACUGCAUUUCGCGGUCCGCCGCAGGUUUGGCGGCUGAAGUUAUGCAGCCCCGUGGCGAGCGGCCUGCUGGCAGGACGCAGAGUCCAGAGCACGGUAGCCCAGGGCCCGGGCCUGAGGCGCCACCGCCGCCCCAGCCGCCGGCCCCGGAGGCAGAGCGAGCUCGGCCCAGGCAGGCCCGGCCUGCAGCCCCCAUGGAAGGUGCGAUGCAGCUGUUGAGCCGAGAGGGUCACAGUGUGGCACACAACUCCAAACGGCACUACCAUGAUGCCUUUGUGGCUAUGAGCCGCAUGCGGCAGCGUGGCCUCCUGUGUGACAUCGUCCUGCAUGUGGCAGCCAAGGAGAUCCGUGCUCAUAAGGUGGUGUUGGCCUCCUGCAGCCCCUACUUCCACGCCAUGUUCACAAAUGAAAUGAGUGAGAGCCGCCAGACACACGUGACACUGCAUGACAUUGACCCGCAGGCCUUAGACCAGCUGGUGCAGUUUGCAUACACGGCUGAGAUCGUGGUUGGCGAGGGCAACGUUCAGCCCCCUCCUGCCUCACCCAUCUUCAUGCCCCAGACUCUACUCCCAGCUGCCAGCCUUCUACAGUUGAAUGGUGUCCGAGAUGCCUGCUGCAAGUUCCUCCUGAGCCAGCUCGACCCUUCCAACUGCCUGGGCAUUCGAGGAUUUGCAGACACACACUCAUGCAGUGACCUGCUCAAGGCGGCACACAGGUACGUGCUGCAGCACUUCGUGGAUGUGGCCAAGACUGAGGAGUUCAUGCUGUUGCCACUGAAGCAGGUGCUGGAAUUGGUCUCUAGUGAUAGCCUGAAUGUGCCCUCAGAGGAAGAUGUCUAUCGUGCAGUCCUGAGCUGGGUCAAACAUGAUGUAGACACUCGGAGGCAGCAUGUACCAAGGCUGAUGAAAUGUGUACGGCUGCCUCUGCUGAGCAGAGACUUCCUAUUGGGACACGUGGAUGCCGAAAGCCUUGUGAGGCAUCAUCCUGACUGCAAGGAUCUGCUCAUUGAGGCCCUUAAGUUCCACUUGCUGCCUGAGCAGAGAGGUGUUCUGGGUACUAGCCGCACAAGACCCCGUCGCUGUGAGGGUGCUGGUCCUGUGCUCUUUGCUGUUGGUGGUGGGAGCCUGUUUGCCAUCCACGGAGACUGUGAAGCAUAUGACACUCGAACUGAUCGCUGGCAUGUGGUGGCUUCCAUGUCCACGCGUCGAGCCAGAGUAGGGGUCGCUGCUGUUGGGAACCGACUGUAUGCCGUGGGCGGCUACGAUGGAACCUCAGACCUGGCUACAGUGGAGUCCUAUGAUCCUGUGACAAACACGUGGCAGCCUGAGGUGUCUAUGGGCACAAGACGAAGUUGCCUGGGUGUAGCUGCCUUGCAUGGGCUUCUGUAUGCAGCUGGUGGCUAUGAUGGGGCUUCCUGCCUCAACAGGAACAUGGACAUCCAUUGCUGCCAUGAGCAUCCGGAGGCGAUAUGUGCGUGUGGCCACACUUGGUGGGUGACAGGACCUGCUUCCCAUGGUACCUGCUUUCCUGCCUGUACCCUUCCCACCUAUCCCCCCAAACCCCUACAACCUGCAGGAGCUUCGUGGGUAUAUUGCCUUCCCACAGAUGGGAGCCUGUACGCCGUAGGUGGUUAUGACAGCUCAUCACACCUGGCCACUGUGGAGAAGUACGAGCCCCAGGUGAAUUCAUGGACACCUGUGGCAUCCAUGCUGAGCCGGCGCAGCUCAGCAGGAGUAGCAGUGCUGGAGGGUGCCUUGUAUGUGGCAGGAGGCAACGAUGGCACAAGCUGCCUCAACUCAGUGGAGAGAUACAGCGCCAAGGCUGGUGCCUGGGAGAGUGUGGCACCCAUGAAUAUCCGCAGGAGUACACAUGACCUGGUGGCCAUGGACGGCUGGCUCUACGCUGUGGGGGGCAAUGAUGGCAGCUCCAGUCUCAACUCCAUAGAGAAAUACAACCCGAGGACCAACAAGUGGGUGGCAGCAUCCUGCAUGUUCACGAGACGCAGCAGUGUGGGUGUGGCAGUGCUGGAGCUGCUCAACUUCCCACCACCUUCCUCACCCACGCUGUCUGUGUCCUCUACCAGCCUCUGACACAUGUCAGACUGCACAAAGGCCCUGUAGCCUCCCACAUGCCUUAAACCCUACGGGUGGCCCUACCACCUCUGUCUCCUCCACCAAGUGUUAGGGCAGAUCACAUAUCCCCCCCAGAGAGCUCCUGUUCCUUUUGUCUUAAUCUCUGUGUUCAUUUGUCCUUGUUCAUUUAUUUGUGUGUUUUUGUUUACUCGUUUAUUUAUUGAUUCACUAUUUAUUGAUGGAUGAGAAGUGCUGCAGCUACCAAAUCACACAUUUACCCUAAAUUGUCAGCUCUCCUGCAUGUAGGGGACCAAAGAACCCUGCAGAGUGUUUUCUUUCCUGUCUCCCUUUGUGGAGCAGCAGGGAAUGCUGGGGGUGGAUACUCCCUGAAGGAGGAUAAGCAACACAGCUGGGCCUUGCAAACAGUAGGGGGGGGGGCAGAGCUACAGGAGCAGAGGCAAGGGCUUUCUAAGAAAAUGUAAACCCCUAGCGCUUUGCACACAGCACUUAUCUGUCUCUGCCAGGCACUGUCCCUGAAGGGCACAAAGCUUUCCUAUGUCUUGUGUAUAUAGCGUGAUGUCUUUUCUGGGUCUUCUGUGGAGCUGGCACACAACAUGCACUUAGAUCCUACACAGCAAUAUGAGCCAACUUGAACAAUAAACAUAUUUCUUAGGCUCUGUGGGCCUGAGGCUGAA